CCCCACCCUCUGCUCCCGACACAAUUCCCCUCACCAAACCGUCAUCACCCUCACCGCCACCCACCAGUGUCGCGCCACCCACCAGUGUCGCACCACCCAUCUCUCGGCACUCCAUGGUCACACGAUCCCAAAAUAACCACCGACCCAAAAAUUACACCGACGUCUCCGUUCGAUAGCCACUACCCAAAGUUCUCACCGCCGAGCUCAGGCCCUAUCUCACAGAGUCGAGGGGUGUAUUUACACGAGUUAUAUCAACGACCGUAGCGAAAGUGUUAUCGUGCUUUCCAAACUUAUGGCACCGGCAAAAAUCAAACUACACCAUAGAAAUCUUUGCAGAUCAGUUAAACCCAUCAGACCUUAUUAUGCUCUGGUUUCACUUUUCUUCACUGAAACCCUCUCUUACGCUUCGCAUUCCCAAAGACCCCUGUGCACCAAAGCCCGCAAUAACGCGUCUUUUCCUUCGGACCUCACCUGCAUCACCGAUGGCCUAAUUUCAAUCUUCACCAAGCGACCCUUUUCCCCGGACGAUCCUGAACUCGAGAAUCUAGCGCCAAGACUGACCACCCAAGUGGUUGAGAGUGUGCUAACUGGCCUAAAGAGUUGGAAAAUAGCUCAUGUAUUUUUUACUUGGGCUUCGAAUCAAUCUGGGUACAAGCAUAACUGUUAUACUUACAAUGUGAUGGCCACUAUCCUAUCACAUGCUAAAAAAAUCGACUCACUGAGAGCCAUGGCCGUGGAUAUUGUAAACUCUCGAUGUUCCAUCACUCCGGGAGCUUUGGGAUAUCUAGUAAGGUGUUUGGGCAGAGUGGGUCUAAUUGAAGAAGCUGACGUCUUGUUUGAUCAAGUUAGAAUGAUGGGUCUUUGCAUUCCUAACAAAUAUAGCUAUAAUUGCUUGUUAGAGGCUAUAUGUAAGUCUAAAUCAAUUGAUUUGAUUGAAAUGAGAUUGAAAGAGAUGCAAGAUUAUGGUUGGAAAUUUGACAAGUACACCUUGACCCCGGUGUUGCAAGUUUAUUGCAAUGCCGGGAAGUUUGAAAAAGCGUUGAGCGUGUUCAAUGAUAUGAUUGAGCAGGGAUGGCUUGAUGAACACGUGUUCUCUAUCUUAGUUUUGAAUUUUAGCAAGUGGGGUGAGGUAGAUAAGGCCUUUGAGUUGAUUGAAAGAAUGGAACGUCAUAAUAUGAGAUUGAAUCAAAAGACCUUUUGCGUUUUGAUUCAUGGGUUUGUCAGGGAAUCCAGAGUGGAUAAGGCCAUUCAAUUAUUUGAUAAAAUGCGGCAAUCAGGAUUCAAUGCUGAUGUUUCGGUAUAUGAUGUGCUGAUAGGAGGACUCUGUGAAAAUAAAGAGAUGAAGAAAGCAUUAUGUUUGUAUUCAGAAAUGAAGAAGAUGGGAAUUCAUCCCGAUGUUGGAAUAAUUACAAAGCUUAUGACAUCUUCCUCUGAAGAGAGGGAAAUGAUCCGAUUUCUUUCAGAAGGGCAAGAAGAUAACGAGGAAGAUAUGAUUUUGCUUUACAAUUCUUUUCUGAAUUGUCUUGUCAAUAAUUGCUCACUGGAUAAAGCUCUUCUCUUUCUCCAGGUGAUGAUGGGAGAUCAAUCUGCUACUGAGAUUGAGGAAUAUAAAUGCCUAAGGGUUAAUAAAGCCAUUCGCCCUAACACCACAUCUUUUAUUAUUGUCAUUAAUGGUCUACUCAAGACUGGUAAGUUGGAUUUAGCACUUAGCGUUUUCCAUGAUAUGAAACACAUCGGUUAUGAACCAAAUAUUUUACUCUAUAGUAACCUAAUUGAUGCUCUGUGCAAUUCAAAUAGACUGGUAGAAAGUUACGAGCUUCUUUCAGAGAUGAAGGUGUCAGGAUUUGAACCAACCCAUUUUAUCCACAACUGUAUUUUUGGGUGCAUAUGCAAAAGAGAGGAUGUUGCAGCAGCCCUUGAUAUGCUGAGGGAGAUGCGUGCUCAUGGGCAUGAACCAUGGACAAAACAUUUGAGCUUACUUGUAAAAGGACUGUGCAAACAUGGGAGAGCUGUAGAAGCUUUAAAAUUUCUUUCUAACGUGGUUCAAGAAGGUUUCCUUCCUGAUAUAAUUGCCUAUUCUGCAGCCUUAGAUGGCUUGAUCAAGAUUCAAGAAUUGGAUCAAGCUUUGGAGCUCUUCCAUGACAUAUGUUCUCUUAAAUAUCGUCCUGAUGUAAUUGCAUAUAAUAUAUUGAUAGGUGGGCUGUGUAAAGCAAAAAGAGUUUCAGAAGCUGAAGGUAUAUUGAAUGACAUGGUGAUCAAAGGGCUUGUUCCCUCAGUUGUUACCUACAAUCUCCUAAUAGAUGGAUGGUGCAAAAAUGGCAACGUUGAUCAAGCCAUGCUUUGCCUCUCAAGGAUGUUUACUGAAGACAGAGCACCCAAUGUCAUCACUUAUACAACUUUAGUGGAUGGGUUAUUAAAUGCUGGAAAACCUGAUGAUGCACUGGUGCUUUGGAAUGAAAUGGGAAGAAGAGGGUGUGCCCCAAACAGAAUUGCUUUCAUGGCCCUCAUUCAUGGUCUUUGCAAGUGUGGUAGGCCCGAUCCAGCACUUGUGUAUCUCCGUGAGAUGGAAGAGAAGGAAAUGAAACCUGACACAUUUGUCUAUGUCGCAUUAAUAAGUAGUUUUGCAUCUAAUUUUCACCUGCCUUUGGCUUUGGAAAUUUUAAAGGAGAUGGUUGGCAAAGGGAACUUUCCAGAACCACAAGAUAAGAACUAUCUGAUUUUCAGAGAUGCAGUGCUGAAGUUGUCAGAAGAUGCCACCACUUCCUCAGAUGUUAAAAAUCUCAUUGCUGAGGGUAGAAUUGCUGGAAUCUUUUGCCCAGAUGUGGAAAAUGAAGGUUGAGUGUAACUCAUUACCAACUCAUCAUUUGAUCACAAAUCAAUAAGAUCAUGCGCACAAGCUCAAGGAAAUCUUUAGGGUAGAAGUGGGGUGCACAGGUUAUAGAAACAUGUCUUUCUUGUCGUGGAUGUGGAUUAGUUUCAACAACACAGGGAGCAAUGUUUCUCAUUAUCAACUACCUCUGAGAUUGAUGAUCUCUGACAUCACCGAGUGAGACUUUUGCAGGACAUAUGGGAGGAGGCCGAUCCCUGCGAGCUCUCCUGCAAGGAACUGAUUGCACUUGGCAAAGUAGUUGGAACUGAAAACAAGAGGGCCUUCGGCUGAUACAAGAACCUCUUUGCAUCAAGUAAAUUACAAGUUCAGGUGGCACUUGUAAGAAAUUGCAACAAAUAACAACUUAGGACUGGUUUGGAUUCGGAGAUAAGAUGAGA